GUGUGUUCUGUAGUUAACCUGUUUGCUCUAAAUUUGAGCUCAGAUUUUAUGAGAAGGCAAAUAGCACCAGGAUCACAUUGUCCUCACUCUCGGGUCAUAAGCUUAAGAAAGUGAAAUCCAUCUGACCUUUCUUUGCCAAGAAUUUGUCUUGGGUGGUUUGAAUGACCCGCUCUCACUGAAACCUUCCACCUUGAAUGAUCUUGACUGUUCCAGUAAAUAGGGUUAAAGAAUUACCAUAUUCAUUUGGUGCCAAUUGAUGCACUUAAGAUGUCUUAUUGAUGUUAUUUCUGUAGUGUAUUAACAAUAAGGGAACAACUAGAGCAAUUAUCUUAGUUUUAGGAAGCACUUAAGGAGAUUAAAAGUUGUAAGUAGCAGACCCAACAUUUACAAUAGUCUCCUGCUCACAUGUGAGGUUGGUUGUUAGGCAUGGCCAGUACCCAGGGUCCACCGUGUUUGGGUGCGCUGACCACAUGUGAAGCCCUGCACGUUCUGGUUUGCUCAGCAGGGUGUUGGUUUCUGACCAGCAGAGUUCCUAGAAAGCAGAGCCUCGUGCCACCAGUGACCAACCACCUGCCUGUUCCCUGUUCUGUUCUUGUCUGCCUCGGCCCUCUGACACUUGGUCCCUCAUGCUUUGCCCACCGUCUCUGGGGUUAGGGGCAGAUUUUUUUUUAGGAUUAGCUUUCAAGACAGGCCUGGUGGAACCUGCAGUUCCCUCUGAUUGCUGACCUCAGGGCUUCAGAGCAUCCCACGGACCCUGCUGGCCAGACACAGCAGCACACCCUCUAUUCCUAGCCCCUCCCGGGGAUGAGGCAGGAGGAUCCCAAGUCCCAGGCCAGCCUGGGCGCUUCAGUGAGACACUGUCUCCACAGAAACAGUAAAAAAGGCUGGGGUGUGGCUCUGUGGCAGAGCAUGUGCCCAACAAGCACGGGGCCCUGGGUUCAGCCCAGUGCCACAGAGAGCAAGAAAGAGCACCCUGCUUUUGCAUGUGUUAUGUAUUUGUUUUCAUGUGGUGUUAAGGGUUGAGCAGACUCAGUCAUGUGGGCAGUGCCUCUCACAGGGUAGGCAAGUGCUCUGCCACUGAGCCCCGCCCCAGCCCUGUGUGUUUUACUUUCAAUCAGAUGUCUGUCCGUUUUAUUGUAGGAGGCUAUUCUGCCGAUCACCCUGUCAUUAAAAUCUUCUGGAGAGUCGUAGAAGGUUUCACUGAUGAAGAGAAGCGCAAGCUGCUCAAGUUUGUGACGAGCUGUUCCCGACCCCCUCUCCUGGGGUUCAAGGAGCUGUACCCGGCCUUUUGCAUUCACAACGGAGGCUCUGACCUCGAGCGGCUCCCCACAGCCAGCACCUGCAUGAACCUACUGAAGCUCCCAGAGUUUUACGAUGAGACCCUUCUGCGAAGCAAGCUGCUCUAUGCCAUCGAGUGUGCUGCUGGCUUUGAGCUGAACUGAGCUGAGCUGAGCUGAGCUGGACCCGACCCUCCCAGAGCAGCCAGCACCUCCCCAGGCCCAGAGAGUGCUCCGGCUGGACCCCGGCUCUCCAGGCUCCUCCCUCCUCCUGGCAUUCCUCCCUCCCUCAUUUUUUAGAUGAUUUUUAUUACAACAUGGUCACUUAUUUAGAUGGACAUUGCUUAACAAUUGUUUUGUGCCGGGUGGCUGAUGUAGUAACUUUGCCAAGAAGAGCACAGUUUUUAGACUAGUGGCAACUCAGUGAAAUUAACCAAAGAUGAAGCUUUGGCUUUGCUGACCUUGUUAGACUCCUUCUGAGCCGCGGCUGCCACCUCCUGUGGGGCAACCCACGGUCGACUGAGGGGCCAAGGCGCCGCCCUCUGGGGCCACUGCUUCUCCUGUGGUUGAUUGUUUACAGCCUAUUGUUAAAACUAAAGGCACUUCCUGCUGCCUCCCCAUGGUUAGGUUGGACAGUAGGUGGUGGUAGUGUACUUGUGCUUCUCUCCCCACUUCUCCCAGGUGGGACCGGCAUGCUUGUUCUCAGUGUAGCGCUGACCUGCAUCAUGAUGGCUUGGGUAUUGCUGUGGGGUGUGAGGUGGUCAUGCAUUCUGUCUGUCUGUCUCCACGUGCUGCCUGGAGAGCUUCCGGGGGAGGCCAAGGAGGGUCCACAUACCACCGCACGCGUGUGGCCUGCAGUGAGUGGUGGCUGGGGGCGUGGAGGCCCUGCAGCUUCUAUUAAAGUCAUUUGAACCAAAGUGGCGGGCUGCGUCUCUCCAUGAACACGCGCCCUCCUCAGUCCGGCUGCAGUGCCCGUCACCCAGGGCGUCUUGGGGUACCUCACUCCCGUGCUUCCGGCUGCUGCUCUGACAUGGAGACGGGCUGUUCCUGGCGUGUGUGGGGAGGGGGAGUCUCACGAAGGCACUUUAUCAGGACCUCUGUCUCCUCAGCAGCGGUGCUGGGGAGUGCUGCAGAUCCAGUCCCUGUGCUCCCGCAUCCCCUCCGCUGGAGGCCUGUCGGCCAUUGAAGUCAAUAGACCAGAAUUAGCAAUACGCUUCUAAAUGGGAAAACAGAACGACACUUUUAAGACAAUGACCGUUAUCAAAACAAAAUGUAUAAUUUCUUAAUUUGAAUAAUAAAUUAAGUGUUUAAGUGCUA